GAGACAUCAAGAGAGAGAAACAAUAUGAAAACAGCGGAUUUGCGAAUCAGAAGAAAGUGGAUUUCAGAAUCUCGAGUUAACCAAAAAGAAAAGGUAAGUAGAAGAAGAUAUCAGAUUUUAUUUUCAGACAGAAAAAAAGAUUUGAGAUAUCAACGAGAGAUAUCAAUCAGACCCUUCAGAGUCAGACAGACAGAUAUCAUCAUAUCAAGAAGACCGGACUUGAUAAAUAGUCCUAACCAGAUCACUUCUUAUUCCCAAGUUCCAACAACAACAUUAUUUUCUCUCAAUCUUCAAUCACUGUUUCCUGAGCAUUUAUAUUUUCAUUUCAUCAAGACUGUUUAGUAAAUCCCAUCAUCAAAUGGCUGGUUUUGCUGAUGUUUCUGUUCAUGAAGAACUUCAUGUUCUUGCUGUUGAUGAUAGUCUUAUUGAUCGUAAAGUCAUUGAAAGAUUGCUCAAAAUCUCUUCUUGUAAAGUAACAACUGUGGAUAGUGGAAGAGGAGCUUUACAAUACCUUGGGCUUGAUGGAGAUGAUCAAAACUCAGUUGGAUUUGUUGGUUUGAAAGUGAAUUUGAUUAUAACUGAUUACUGGAUGCCUGGAAUGACUGGAUAUGAACUCAUGAAAAAAAUCAAGGGAUCGAAAACAUUCAAGGAAAUUCCAGUUGUGAUCAUGUCAUCAGAAAAUGUAUUGCCUCGGAUCACCAGGUGUUUGGAAGAAGGAGCAGAGGAAUUCAUAGUAAAACCAGUUAAAUUAUCCGAUGUGAAAAGAUUGAAAAACAACUUGACAACAAGAGAUUCUGAUCAAGAAAUAGUGCUAGAUAAUCAGGAUAAUCAAGUCAAAGGGACUACUACGCUUAAAAGGCAAUUCCAUGAGACUGAUCAAGAUAUUGCUGUUCUUCAAAAUGAUGAUGAUGAUCUUCAAUCAUCACCAUCGUCCUGUUUAACUUCAUCAGAUUCUCCAUCGAAAAGACGGAGGAAGACGAUGAUGAAUGACAGUGAUUGAUCCAAAGUUCUCCACUACGAAUUUUUUUGUUUUUUUGAUUGGGCAUUUUGUGCUUAUUUCACAUGUCCGUUGACUUAAUUUGCCUGACCUUUUGACUAUACCUUUUUAAUGUUGAAUUUAGUACAGUCUUGUUCUUUGUCUUACA